ACCGCUUGCCGUAGGCGCGGUAGAGCCUGGGUAGUACAGUAAAGCGGCGGGAGAACAGAAUAUCUGUCCUCAAAUAUAAUAACAGUCCACAUUUAUACACAAUAAUAAGCAAAUAGUGUGCAUUGCGUCGUUUCAAGAAGGUUUUAGUUUGUUAAAACCCGUCGGUGUUUGGCAGAUAAUACCGUUGACCGCGUGCAUUGUUGUACUGCAUCUUUUUAAACCAUUCGCCUGGAAUCUGCUUUGGACGUUUGUUUUUAUUAGCCCGUUUUAGCGCUCCAGCAAUAAUGGCGAAGGUACAGGUGUUAAAUGUGGCGGUCCUAGAUAACCCUAGUCCCUUUGGAAACCCCUUUCAGUUUGAAAUAACUUUUGAGUGUAUGGAGGACCUUCCUGAAGACCUUGAAUGGAAGAUCAUCUAUGUUGGCUCCGCAGAGAGUGAAGAGUAUGACCAAGUCCUCGACUCCGUCUUGGUCGGCCCAGUGCCUGCUGGGAGACACAUGUUUGUGUUUCAGGCUGACGCCCCAAACACUGGACUGAUUCCUGAAAGUGAUGCUGUUGGUGUGACUGUAGUCCUGAUCACAUGCACAUACCGUGGACAGGAGUUCAUCCGCAUUGGUUACUAUGUGAACAAUGAAUACACAGAACCAGAUCUUCGUGAAAAUCCACCGAUCAAGCCAAACUACACACAGCUUCAGAGAAACAUUCUGGCAUCGAACCCACGUGUGACGAGAUUCCAUAUAAACUGGGAAGGCUGUGCAGAGCGGAUGGAGGACUGUGAAAAUGUGGAUCCCUCAUCAAACUCCAUGCUCCCACCAUCAUGUCUCCCGGGCAAGGCCCCCCCUUUAGGGAUACUACCAGAUAACUCCAUGGACUGCUUAUAGAGCCCCAAAGUUAAUACCAAAGUUAAUACCAAGAUCUUCUGAAGAAUGCCUAUGGACAUUCAAGUGUGGAUGUAAAGACAUCUUUGCCUUGCAGCUUUCCUUAUUUACCUGAAGCUUGUCAAAACGUAACUCUCAUCUUGGGAUUCAGAUGAUUGUUUGUUUUAAGGAGGAUCAAGAACAUCUUACUGGUAUGAGCAUCACUUAUAUAUGUGAAAUGUUCUUACCAUAACAUUUAAAACAUUAUUUAACUCAUGGGAGGGAAAAGGGUGACUGACAUUAGCUGAACUGAAAGCCGAUGUGUGAUUCACCUUCCUUCCUCUUGUAGAUGCAGAACUGAUUUGUACCAGUUUGGGAGGAUUUCAGAGCUCAAGCUAUAAAACGCAGUGUUAUUGCUGUAUAGGAAUGUGAUAAUCUGCCAUUAUAUUUGGGUUCAAAUUUAUUUUGCACUUAAACCUUUUUCUUUGGGAGUUUUGAAUGGGAUACAUUACUUUUCCAUGUUUUUUUGUUUUGUUUCCAACUUUAUGUUCUAAAUAAAAAUUGAUGUUGUUAUC